AUGAAGAGCCUUGUCACCAUACCAGUGGGUGUACUGCUUUGUUCAGUUGUUCUGGUAGCGGGCGGUCUCGUAAUUCAAUUUACAAAAACACAACCUGCUCCAAACGACCGGCGAGUAACUCAAGAACUGGAUAUCAACAAUAUUUUUCCGAAUGCAACAGAAGAGCAAGAAGAGGAAUUGGAGAACCUAAUUUCUUCACUUUAUGAACAACUGGCAGACGAAGUCUAUGAACUUAUCAUGAGUAAGGUACCGACAUUUUCGCACACCUUGCGACCAGACAAGGCCAAGAGCAAACUAUUUUGGAACCCGUCCCCUGAAAAAAGUCCGGAACAAACGCCGGAACAAACGCCGGAACAAAAUCCGGAACAAACGCCUGCUCCCAUCACAGGCAUUAGUUGCGGCGAGAACGAGAAGUGUGUCGAUAAGAAGAUGUGUGUCAAUUCAAAUUUUGAUAAACAUGCUAUCAAUAUAAUUAGCCUUCGAUCUUUGUGCCCGGACGGACUAGUCUGCUGUCGCAUUGACAACUCAACUAAUGAACAACCCAAGUCAGAUGCAAUCGUGCAAUGUGGUUAUCGAAACCCAAUGGGCGUGGCUAAAGGUGUAACGCCCCAACAGCACCAAGCGCAUUUCGGCGAGUUCCCUUGGAUGGUCCAGAUUUUCGAGGAAACAAUAUUAGAGGACAACAGUCUUAAGCUUAGGUCAUAUAUUGGUAGCGGCACACUUAUCGCUGCCAGUGUCGUACUAACUGUUGCCCAUGAAAUGGCUCAGAGUACUUUGGUUACAGCUGGAGCUUGGUCAAUAUAUGAAACAUACCCGAACGUGCCUUACACAACACAAGAACGUUCUAUAAAAGCUUUUCAUAAGCCCAAAAGCUAUGAUUUCAAAGGCAAUAAGAGCGAUAUUGCUCUGCUCAUUAUGGAGACACCUUUCGACUUCAAUGUGCAUAUAUCUCCCAUCUGCUUGCCAACUGCAAAUACACAUACAUCCCCGAAGGACUGUUACUUAACCGGCUGGGGCAAAAAAACUGCCAAUAGCUUAGAAUCGGAAGAGAUAUUGAAAAAAAUCAAAGUAAGUAUUGUAGAUCGGCCAAAGUGUGAGGAGAGGCUUAAUGGAAUAUUGAAUCUUGACGACCAAUUUAUUUGCGCCGGUGGUGAGAACGAAAUGGAUGCAUGCACCUCAGAUGACGGUGCUCCACUGGCUUGUGCCACAGCAGGUGCCUCCAAACAAUACUUUCAAUAUGGCAUAGCCGCCGAAGAUAUAAAAGGCUGCAAGGGCAAAACUCUACCUGGACUGUAUACCAGGGUGGUGAUGUUUAUGCCCUGGAUUACUGAAACACUUCAAAAAGAGGGCAUUCAAUUGACUACUUAA